CCUGCUCUCCCCCCUUCUCUCCAUAUCCUCUUCCAUUCUCCUCCCCCACUCUGCCAGAGAUCAGAGAGAGACAGAGAGAGAUUCCAGAAGAAAAUAAAAAGACCUAUUUUCCCUUCUUCUAAGAGAGGGAGAGGAAUUAAAGCAAACACCUCAUCGGCAUUCCGCUCGACCACCACUCCAUGGCGAGACGAGGGAAGCUUCCUUUCCUUCUUCUCUCCCUCCUCCUCCUCCUCCUCGCCGCCGCUUCCACCGGCGCUACCCACUCCGGUGGUGGAGGAGGGGAAGGCGCGGUGCCCUUGAGCUGGAUCCCGGGGCUGUCGACGUGCCAGGGGACCAUAGCGGAGUGCCUCGCCGGGGAGGAGUUCGAUCUGAGCUCCGAGGUGGCCCGCCGCAUCCUGGCCACCUCCGACUACAUCUCCUACAACGCUCUCAAGCGCGACAACGUCCCCUGCUCCCGCCGCGGCGCCUCCUACUACAACUGCCGCCCUGGCGCCCAGGCCAACCCCUACUCCCGCGGCUGCUCCGCCAUCACCCGCUGCCGGGGCUAGCUCUCUCUCCUUCUUCUCCAUUCUUCCCUAAAAAAAACUACUUUUUAGGAAGAGAGAGAUUAAUUUGGUAUGUGAUGAUGUUGUUGUUCUCCUCUUCAAAAUUAACUACAUAAAUAAUUGCGGUUGCUGUUGUUGUAUUGUUUCUGUAAACAUGUUUUCUAUGCCAUCUAUGUAAAAACAAAAAAAAUCUGAGUGCUAAUCUUUCAUGA